CGUUGUUGUAAAGGACGAUCGUUUUGGCGAUCUAAGGCGUUACCAGCAAAUUGGGAACGCGCAUGUGUGGCUUUUCGAGCCCUCCGGUUCCGAUUAUAGGAUAGACAGAAAUCUCCCCUAUUUCCAACAGCAGCAUAAACCUUACGGGCCUUCCAGCCCUUUCUAAAGCCCGUAUACGAUGUUCAUAUAGUGACAGCCGCUCGUCGCUCUUUGUGACGUCUUUCUCUCCAAGCAACCCGCUCCUUCUUUCAUCACAGAAGGAAGAAAGUUUCCGUGUGAUGAGACCGACGUUGCAGGCUGCCUCUGAGGAUGCGGCCAUUCCCGAUCAGCCAACUGGAACCACUCUGAGCGUCGAAGGGGACGCCUCGAAGGCACAAGUGCGAACUGACAACAGCCAAGAGGCCAACCGUGCGAGUCCGAGCAGUCGCGGGGGGCCGACGCCCCCGGGAUUGAACGGCUCUUCGAAUGCCACUCGUCCCAGUCUGGUGAAAGGGAGCGCAUGGACGCUAUACCGCGUACUGUCAAUAUCCAUUGUCAACCUGACCUUUUCCACCGCCCUCCUUGCGCUGUGGAGAUUUAUCGAGAUCGAGUUACGGCGAUACUAUGGUUGCGUGGAAGUGUGUUAUCUCCCAUUCGGAGGCGGAGAAGCAGACAUCCGAAAGUUCUCGCUCUGGGGUUAUUUCGGCAUUUUCUGGGUAGCGAUCCUAACCACAAACUCGAUCGAUAAUGUCCCAUUAUGGAGGCGGCUGGAACUGGGUAGAUUCAGACGGACGGAUCCUGGCGCGGGAUUCCGAAGGUGCUGGAAGACGGUCGCCUACGUCGCAAGCAGGGUUCUCUGGCCCCUGUUGAGCCUUAUACCCGUAUGGUAUACCCCCACGGCAGAUUCGACUCUGGGUGUCAUGAUUGGAGUCAAUGCGCUGGGGAUGCUGUUCGUCGGUUCCAUAUUCUUAUGGUACGAUCAGCCGGUGAAAAUGCGGUUCAAACAUGCUAUCGCUGCCACCAUCGCCAUGGCAGCAAGCUUUGGAGUGCUCCUGUUGGGGUAUUGGACGAUGAUCAACACGGACCGGCUAAGCUAUCUGGCGACCUUCAUCGCUGGCGGAGUAUACCCCGUCGUCAGAGUAGUGACGGUAUCGCAGUUUGUAGAGAUCUCUUCCAAGGCAUAUCACUGGUCUCUCGACGAUCCUCGAGGAACUUCCCACUUCCUCGCAUACUUGUCAGCGGCCGGUGCCGGCUUCAGCGUCCCAACGAAGGUUCGGAUCCUUACCUUCGAGCGGUCUAGCCAAUUCUGGGUGGCCGUCUUCUUCAGCAUCUGCACGGAGAUAGGAACAAGAUUAUGGCUCGUAUAUGUUAUCAUCUGCGUCCGACAGGGCGGAGAAGACACCGAUGCGGAAAACUCCUGGUCCGAUGAGGAAAUGGCCUAUCUGAGAACUUCCCGGAUAAACUCUCCAAUGGCGAGUACGGUAGAUAAGAAGAUGAAGAGCUGGCGUUCGAGCGAUGUCGUUACGAGCGGCGACCCGAACGGUCGCCGGUCUGCGUUACAAUCACGGCACAUAUCAGAUGACGACUCGGCAAGCCAUAUCGAAAAAGCCUCUCAUCCGACUAGAAUCGUUGGUGUAGUCGAGAACACCAAACCAGGCACGAUUCAGCAGGCCCUGUCGCUACUCCCAUCAGCAAACCCUCAGCCGGAUAUUGGCCAGCGGGCCACGUCCGCAAGAUCGCUGGAACAGUGCAAUCCAAAGCAGUGCAAAUCGCCAACGAACUGGCCAUGGCUCAUGGCCUCUCACCGUUGCGUACAGCAUUUUCUCAUCACCAAGUUCAAUUUCGGCUAUUUCCCUGAUCCGCGGUGGCACGCCUUACAGAUCGCUGGCAUGACAAUCGCCGAAUACCUCUCGUUGGGCAUGACCGUCGGGCUGCUGUACUUCCACUGGGACGCAUCAGGGUCCUCCCAGUCGAGUUGGCUGGCAAAUUUCACAAACUCCUAUUCGAAUAAGGUGUCGAUGUUUCCCAUCACGGGUCUGGAGCCAGCCGCGCAAGAGUAUGCGGCACAGCAGUUACAAGCCUGGUGGACCCGUGGCUUGAUCAUGUUCUUCCUUCAGGUGGUUAUGGAUCUCCUGAUGGGUCUUGUGCAACGAAAGCAGAUGAUCUUAUGGGAGAGGCUGCCUCCGUUCAACGGCUCGGCAUAUGCGUCCGUCUUGGCGUUUCUCGGAUGCACCAUGUGCGCGUUCCUGACGGUUUAUCGAGGAUUGCUCACUUGAGGUUGAUAUCGGGGAGGGACCUUCGAUACCUCUGGAAUAAAGG